AUGUGUGCUUUUUAUUUAAUGGUAGUAUGUAGAACAGCUUUGAUAACAAUAAGAUCAUGUAUUACACAAUAAACUGUAUAGACAAUAAAAUAGAUCAGAAGUAUUAAAUCACAAUAUUUUAUUAGUACAUAUACUAUUGUAUAUAUAAUGUCAUAGCAUGAUGGACUAUCAUAGUUGAUCAGAUUUCGAAAGUUAAUGAGGUAGCUCCCAAGCAAAUAUUACAUUUAAUUAAAGUGCUUUUAUAUAUAUCAACCAAGCUUUAAAAUAAAAGCAAACCUAUUGAUCUAACGAUAGAGAUCAAGGAGAGAGAAAAUUUUGUAUAAGAAAACUAAAUAUAUAUACGAAGUAAAGGAACUAUUAUAGAUACCAAAUUUUUAAGGCAGUUGGAUGAAUACAUUCCCAAAAUAAAUUUAGAGCUUCGAACAAAUCGAACCAGUUCAAUUAAUAAAAUAAUCAUCAUCUUCCUUUGGUUCAUCUUUGAAUAGCUAAAAGUUAAAUCAAUUCCAAAUCCCUGUAGUAAUUGAUCAUUUGUUGUCCUACUUUGUAGUCAAUUAAGAUAGAUUUUUGAUACCAGAUAUUUUUAGAAAAUAAGGUUUAAUAACUGAAGAAGACUAACUAUAACAACAGUUAAUUAAUGAGAACUAUGAAUGUUUGAAGAUUGUAGAAGAUGUGCGGAUAAUCUGUAGUCUCAUAAAGAGGUUUUUUCUAGAGUUACCUGAUCCGUUGAUUCCUGAACACAUUUACAAAUGGAUCUGUGAGCAUAUCGAAUAAACAACUCCCCAAACAGAGAUUGAUUUAUUAAAAGAAGUAUUUGAUUAAUUACCCAAUUUAAAUAAAUAGUUGCUGAUCGUAAUGGUCAACUUUUUAAUUUGUGUAGGGAAUUAUUCUGAGUUCAAUCGAAUGAAUAUGAAUAAUUUGGCAAUUUUAUUUGCUCCUUGUUUCAUGAGAGUUUAGGUAAAUUAGACAUAAUCAAUUGAAUAAAUUAAACUUUAGCUGAAAUUUCUGAAAAUCCUAUUUGAUAAUUAUGACAAGAUAUUUCCAAAUGUUUCAUUCAAAUUAUAUUUGCAAUACUGCCAAACUUAAAUUUUCUCAUCCAUCAGUAGCAAUGGUUCUAUAGGGGGAGAAACAAGUGGAAACAAAAAUCAAAGGCUGUCUUCAUCAGAAGAAGAUAUCCUUCCAGAAUUCUAACAAAAGUAGAAAUGA